CCGCGCCAAGCAGGGCGUGGGUCCGGCGCUGCCGGCGAGCAGGUGACACCGCGGCUGCCCGGCGCCGUGUGCGCGGCAUGUGCGCGCCCGUGUAGCGGGGCGGCCCCAUGGGCGGCGGCGCCGGCUCCUGCCUCUGCCCCCCGUCUCUGGAAGCCCGGGCAGGAAACGCUCCUCAUGUCUUCCAGAUAAAAAUAAAAGCGACUCCUUCCUCCCGGCCGCAGAGUGUCCCCGCGCCCGGCCCGACGCGGGGCUGAGCCGGCCCCGCCGCCCGGCAGCGCCUCUCGCCGCCGCUCAUGGACAUCGCGACGGGUCCCGAAUCCUUGGAGAGGUGCUUCCCGCGGGGCCCACCGGACUGCGCCAAGAUGCUGGACGGCAUUAAAAUGGAAGACCACCCCCUGCGCUCGGGGCCGGCCACUCUGGGAGUGCUGCUGGGGUCGGAGUGCCAGCACCAGGCCGUCUGCGAGGGCUGCCAGCGGCCCAUCUCGGACCGGUUCCUGAUGCGGGUGAACGAGUCCUCCUGGCAUGAGGAGUGCCUACAGUGCGCCGCGUGCCAGCAGGCGCUCACCACCAGCUGCUACUUCCGGGACCGCAAGCUCUACUGCAAGCAGGACUACCAACAGCUGUUCGCUGCCAAGUGCAGCGGCUGCAUGGAGAAGAUCGCGCCGACGGAGUUCGUGAUGCGCGCCCUGGAGUGCGUGUACCACCUGAGCUGCUUCUGCUGCUGCGUCUGCGAGCGCCAGCUGAGGAAAGGGGACGAGUUUGUCCUCAAGGAAGGGCAGCUGCUCUGCAAAAGUGAUUAUGAGAAAGAGAAAGACUUGUUGAGCUCGGUCAGCCCAGACGACUCAGACUCAGUCAAAAGUGAUGAUGAAGAUGGAGAUGUUAAGCCCACCAAAGGCCAAGUAACCCAAGGAAAAGGAAGCGAUGAUGGGAAGGACCCAAGAAGACCUAAACGACCAAGGACAAUACUUACGACACAGCAGAGACGAGCAUUCAAAGCAUCCUUUGAAGUAUCUUCUAAGCCCUGCAGAAAGGUCAGAGAAACAUUGGCAGCUGAAACAGGGCUCAGCGUGCGAGUCGUCCAAGUCUGGUUUCAAAACCAAAGAGCAAAGAUGAAAAAGCUAGCACGAAGGCACCAACAGCAGCAGGAGCAACAGAACUCGCAGCGACUAGGACAAGAAGUAAUGUCCAACCGAAUGGAAGGGAUGAUGACAUCUUACACACCACUUGCACCACCACAGCAGCAGAUUGUAGCAAUGGAGCAAAGCAGUUAUGGCACAGACCCAUUUCAGCAGGGUCUGACCCCUCCACAAAUGCCAGGCGACCACAUGAACCCCUAUGGAAACGACUCCAUUUUUCAUGAUAUCGACAGUGAUACCUCUUUAACUAGCUUGAGCGACUGUUUUCUUGCCUCUUCCGAAGUUAACUCCAUGCAGGCUAGAGUAGGAAAUCCCAUUGACAGGCUGUACUCUAUGCAGAGCUCCUAUUUCGCCUCAUGAAAGUAAAGAAAACUAACAGCCGGCGUGUGUUUAGCCAGUGACUUUUCCAGUGCAGACUCUACAGCCAUAUGUUGCCCAGCUCUUCCUUCACAGUGACUCUGCUGCCUCUGGACUGCAAAGAGCAUUUUUUUAGGAAGACUGUCUCUGUUUGCAUAUAUGUGUAUGUAUGUAUAUAUAUUUUAAUACCUACAUACAUACAUACAUAUAUAGAGAGACAAAACACAUCCACCCGUCCCAUACCCUUGGUUCCCAGCUGGCGCCAGACCACGAGACAAGCACGGAAGGAACAGAAGAACCUGCUCGUCCUCAGCCUUUGAUCUGGUUUGGUUUGAGUUCAUCAUCUUAAAAGAAAUGGAUUUUGUGGAAAGCUAGACCUUUUCCUCCUCUCUCUUCUCCUUUCUUUUG